AUGCCCUCGUCUUUGUCCGCCUUUGUCACCACCCUCCUCCUCGCACAACCUUUGACUGCCACGUUCAUACCCAACCUUCUGCACAGCCUCGAAGACCUUCAGGACGUCCGAAAAAGAUGCGACAAUCCUUGCGGAUAUUACGGUCAACUUUGCUGUAAAGAUGGCGAGUCGUGCUACACCGACUCAAACAACCAGGCACAAUGUGGCGCUGGACAAGUCGUUCAAGCGACCACAGCGGCCGCAGCUGGAGACUGGGAAUACUACACCACAACAUAUGUUCAAACAGAUCUCAAGACUGUCACCGCGACAUUCAGUUCUUUCAUUCCAUCCAACACCAAUUUGAACUGCGCAUAUUCGUUGGGCGAGUCUGCAUGCGAUUCGGUGUGCUGCUUGUCAGGACAAUUUUGUCAGUCGUCUGGAAUGUGUGUUGCUGUUGGUGGUGGUAGCUCAGGAUAUUACAGCAACCUUUACACUGUAACGACCGUCAUCACCAACACUGCCAGUGUUCCACUACGACCGACCAGCAAUACUCUCGUGACAGUGACCACGGGCACGACCACACGACCAUUCGAGACACCAGUCGGAACAAAUGGCGCCAUAAUCUACGGUCCAACGGCAAGUAGCAGUGGUGGCUUGAGUGGAGGAGCCAUUGCUGGAAUUGUGAUUGGAGUCAUCGCAGGUAUCAUUCUACUACUACUUCUCUGCGCCUGCCUUUGCUUCAAGGGCUUGUUGGAUGGCAUUCUCGCAAUUUUCGGCCUGGGGAAGAAACGAAGGAGGACUGAAGAGGAAGUCUAUGUGGAGAGACAUUCCCAUCAUAGCGGACGCAGUGGUGUGAAAAACACUCGCAGGACUUGGUUCGGCACACGCCCCGGCAGAACAGAUAGAGUUGAAGAAAAGAAAUCGAGUGGCAUUGGAAGAGCUGGAUGGGUGGCAGCAACCUUGGGAGGACUAGCACUCAUCUUGGGAAUGAAGAGGAGAAACCGAAAAGAUGACAAGAGCAGUACUGGCUAUGGAAGCUCGUACUACUCAGACUACACUGUGUCAAGUAGUGAGAGCUCUUCGGACCGGAGGACGAGAAGAAGCAGUCGCUCAAGGUCGAGGAGAUGA